AUUCAGUUCUUCGCUCCAUACUCUGAUGCACGCGACGCUGAGAUCCCGAUUGAAUUCCUGAACUGGAUUCAAAAAUGCCUCCUCCUUCGAUGAGAUCAGGAUGUGGGACGUGUUUUCCGUGUGAAGCGUAAACCCUUCUGGCACCGUGAUGGACGAGCUACCAACGGAAUCUGACAUGGUCCUUUUGUGUGAUAUCUGCAAUGCAAAUCGUUGUGGACGACAAUUUGAAAUGCUGAAUUCAAGGCGCAGAGGCCUGAGGAGUACUAGUAGAGACCUCAGGAUGCUACUAGCGAUUACCAAGACGAAUAUCUUGUCUGGAGUGCUUCAUAAUGACUCGACGCAGACUUCCAUAGCACUACCACGUAAUUCGCGUGAUCUUUUACGUUCAAGGUAACCUUGACCGAGUUAAGAUUCUGCUCUCAUGCAAAAUCAUCCAUCUUACCCGGUGCUCUCGCAACUGCUCGAAAAGUAUCCUGCAACCGGAGGCGCGCUGUUCCAGGUGUACAAUGACCUGACGCUCGCACAAAAAUGGAUCGAUGUCGAGGUUCUCGACCUUCCAGCUUGCAAACGAGCCGCGAUCAAAGGCAAACGGCCAACUCCUGACACGGACCGAGUGCCGUCCAUCUGCAUUGUAGUACCUUGCUCGUUGUCCGAGUCAAUAUCUGCAUCGUGGCUUCGCGCUGCUUUUACCAGCCUUGAUCCUCUACCCUCAGAGAUUUAUGUGGCCAUUACCUCAGAAGACACGUCAACAGUCUAUUAUAAGAUCAGCCAGGGAAUUGUCAAGCCACCUGUAUAAGGCGUCCUGGCGCGUUUGACAUCAAUAGGAGUAUAUAACUGAUGGGUUUAUACUGGACUUAUGUUAUGUCCGGACAACGACUACAACGGAUGCUGAGAUGAGAUACAAAAUGUGAGGGGAAAAUGUACGUGAAAACGAUACAUGGUAAAGGUAAUAUUGUUCGAUGAAGAGUA